AUGGACUUCGAGAAGGAGUCACGAAAACGGAAGAAGAACGAGACUCCGCCCGCCGCCCCUACGUCAGAAGACAAACCAGUGGGCAUCCACAAGAGAGCCAAGGGGACUACCGACUCCGAGGGUUUCACCAGGGCCCCCAGAACGGCGCCACCCCGGCGUAUCACUACCGCCGACCCGCCGCCGCUAAGUAACGUCUUCCAAGUACUGGACACCAGCGAGCAGACGAGCAGCAACACGCCGCCGGCUGCAAACGCACCCAGCAAGUCCAGGAAGCCUCCCCCCAUCACAAUAAAGUACGACAAACCGUACAUUGAGCUGCAUGAGGCGAUACAAGAAAUCACAAACGAACCAAUCCGGUUCAAGCAACAAGGCAAGGGUACACCUUUGCCAACGCUGCAGCCCACAACAGACGGAACGUCGGUCCCUAGCCAGCGGCAAUCAGAACCACAGCAGCAGCAGCCGCCGCCACCUCCGCCAGGCCGACAGCCGCCAGCCGCCGUCACCACCGCCAGGCAGACAGCCGCCGUCACCACCGCCAGGCAGACAGCCGCCGUCACCACCGCCAGGCAGACAGCCGCCGUCACCACCGCCAGGCAGACAGCCGCCGUCACCACCGCCAGGCAGACAGCCGCCGUCACCACCGCCAGGCAGACAGCCGCCGUCACGGAAGCCACGAAAGACACCCCGACAACAACGAGGGCUACCGCCGCCAUCACCACACCCAUGGCAGCACCACCAUCGACGCUGUCGGACAAGGACAACAACGCCAUCAAGGACCAGGCGUCACAAACGAACGCCAGCCGCACCGCCAUCAUGAGGAGGCGCCCAUCACUUGCAGUCCGAAGAAGAUGGACACCUAAUAAACCAGCACACCCCGCGCCAACCACUGCAACCAACCACUGCAACCAACCCGAUGACCCAGGACAACGCAGCCGCGUGCCUGGAGGCUGUGCAAGUGGCAAUGACAACCGCAAUGGAGGCCAUUGUGAAAUACAUCCCGCAGCAGAUAAGCGCUGCAAUUCAAGCUGCCAUGCAGGCACUCCCACCGACCAACCCAAGGAACCAACUUGGGUACUAGGCCACAUGGAUUAA